UCAGAGGAGAUGAGAUGGUUGAGAGACUAUAGUUCUCCCACCAGCCGCAGCAAAGCCUGAACUAGAUGCGAUGAGAAACUUUUUGCGAUUGAAGAAAAAUUUAAUCGCCGAAAUGAUGUGUACGCACAAAGCUAUAAAGAAGCCAAUGAAGUCAUUAGAAGAGUGAAAAGAGGUCAU